AUCGAAUUUUAUCUUAUCUAAUUUAGGGUCCUUAAUCCUUCAAAAAAAAAUUUAGGGUCCUUAAUUUUUUUUGGAAAGAAUUUAGGAUCCUUAUUAAAAAGGGAAAUGCUAAAGAGGCACCACACGAUGUCUUUGUUAAUCUCUGUAAGUGCUCAUUUUGGAGCUCAGUACUCAGUUUGUUCUGACAUCCGUGAAGCCAUCAACAACAUUGAGAAGAAAUUGAGUCCUAGUCAAUUUGAAGAAUUUCACAGGACUCCAAUUGGGCACUUCGUAGGGCUUAAGAACCUCCAGUUUUCUGGCCAGAUCAUUCACCAAAUGCUUUUGUUGCUUGUUGAGGAUCAACCUGACGAUGAAUUCUGGAUCCUCCGAAAUGGUGAAAUUGUCAAAUUCACUUUCAACGACUGGUGCAGAAUUACAGGGUUGCCGAACACAAAGAGGUACCCACCUCUUAAGGACAAAGAGCUUGGACAGAGCUCACUGUGUCACACAUUCUUAGGAGGGGAGGUCGCGAAGUGCACCUUCAAGCAUGUACGAGAGAAGUAUGUUGCAGCGGAGAAUACCAUGGAUUCGAAGAAAUUGGUUGACUUUUCCAUGCUCUACUUCAUUGAGUCUGUCCUUUUAGCAAAGGAUAGAUCUACAUGCAUUGAAUCAACCCAUUUGCAUCUUGUCGAAGAGCCCAAAAAAUUCAAAUCUUAUCCAUGGGCUUGGGAGUCGUACUUACUUACUAUACGACAUAUGAAAGGUGCAAUGGAUGGACAGCCCGAAAAAUUUGAAAAAAAGAGCAAAGAAACCCCAAACUACAAAUCCUUUAAGUACACCUUCUAUGGUUUUCCAUUGCCUAUUCAGGUGUGGGCGUAUGAGUGUUUUCCGGAGUUGGUUGAAAAAAACCUUGCUGUGCAAGAGGGGACUUCUUCUUGUGAAAUUUUGAAUUGGGCAUCAAAGAAGUUUCCAAAAGCGGUGACACUUAAGGACAUUUUCUUUCGUGAAUUGCAACAAAAGAAGGAUUCUGAUGCCGACACCGUUCGAGCCAUUAGAGAUUUGAAGAAAAGGAUGGAUGGACUUGAAGUGAAGAUUGAUGAAAUCAAGAAGUUGUUGGUGGAGGUUGUUAUGAACCUGAAUUCAAGUGGCCGAAGGAGAAGAUCUGUUAGAAUUCAGAGACAGAAGAGAGCAAGGACAAAGGCUGCCGAGGAAGAUGAUGAGGAUUUAGAAGAAGAUGAUGAAAUCGAGGAGGCUGCUGAGGAAUAUGAGGAGGAGACUGGAGCUGAUGAAGAUGAAGAUGAGACUCGGGAAAAUAAGGAGGAGAGUAUGGAAAGUGAGGACGACACUGAGGAGACAGAGGAAAAUGAAGAGGAGAAUGCGAUUGGGGAAAACGAGGAUACAGAGCAAAUUGAGGAUGAGCACACUGCUGUUGAGAAGUCUCACAACGACAGCGACGAGGAUCGUGCCGAAAAGGAGGGGACUGCUGAACAUGAACCCCAAGACAACAUGACUACUACCCUUAAUUCUCAAGAAGCUCUUCCAAUUCCAAGUGAUACACAUAUGUUUGAAGUGGAUUCACAUAUGGUUGAAGUGGAUGACAAUGAGGGUGACGAUUUAGAUGAAGAAAAGCUUCUGAUGGAAUUGACUCUCAACAAGGUAAAAUUCCUUAAGUAGGUUCUAUUUACUUUAAUUUUUUUCCUUCGCAAGAGACAAUUUAAUGUAUUAAUUACGUAGGAAAAGGUGUUGGGAAAGGGAAAACAUGUGAUCAACGAACCUUUACAGAAGAGAAAGAGACAAAAAUCAAAGUACUACUGCAGCCCUUUUACAGACCCCCGACCGCGUAAGAUUGUGCGACCAACGGUAAAUCCGCUCACAAUUGAAAUAACAGUUGAAGAUUGGA